AUGACGACUUUAGAGACACGAAGACAGUUAUUAGAGGGCUUGGAGAUUAUUGAAGAUGCUAUAUCUCAAAGAUUUGGGAGAAAUCCUGAAUUGUACUACAGUAAUAUUACCAAACAAGUGCUAAUAGAUGGCGGCAUCGAACUGCCUUCAACUACUGCAAUGGCAGUCAAUAGGAUCUACAAGAGUAAAAGAACUAAGAGAAGUCGAAAGCAGUUAGUUACUCAACAACAUGAGAUUAAUCUGUUCCUUUCACAAGCUCUUGAUAAACAGAAAGAAUUAAGUGGUGUAAAUGGGACCGUUGAUGUGGAGGACUAUAGAGACGAAGAAAUUAAUUUUGAUAAAUUCAGAGAAGCAGUGGAUCAAAUAAAUUCUAAAUAUGAAGAUCAAGAGGGACUGGCACUAGAUAUCAACGAAAAUAUUGUCAAUCAUGAGAUGUUUUCCGCCACUUUCUCCAAGUCGACUAUUCUUUCUGAAAGCGCAAGAGAUCUAGAUUUGAAUCAGAUAUUUACGAGAGAUGAGCAAUAUGGUGAUCUCCUGGACCUGGAAAAAUUUCAUAGUCAGUGGUUAAAUGUGAUUAAAAGAGCAGAUUGCUCAUACUUACAGUUCUUUGAUGUUUUACAAAAAUUUCUUGAUCCUUCUGAAUAUUUGUUGUCACCACCUAUGGAUAGAAAAAAUGAAAGGUAUGGACAGUUUUUAAUAGAAUUAUUUCAAUAUGUGGAACAAUUUUUCGCCAAAGUUUACGUAUUGGUUAAUUCCACCAUUUUAUCCCAGAGGAUGGAAUCAGAUUUUGAAGAAUACUUGAGGAUGCCAAUAUAUAAAUCUAAUCAUGGGCUGUACUGUGUAGCGUGCGGGAAAUGGUUCAAGACUCCGACGGUUUUCCAAAGUCAUUUAACUGGUAAGCAUCACAGAAACAAUCGAGAUAAAAGAUUCACCAAACUGCAGGCUGAAUACAAGCUUCAUCGAUAUUUAAAGAUUUUACAAGGACAGUUGGAACGCACCAGAGGUUUUGUGGAGCGUAAGAUGGCUUUCACCACAGAGGAGAGAAUGGAGGAAAUGUCCAGGCUAGCUAGAAUAUACGAGGGACCAGAUUAUGCUCCUGAUGAAAAAGAAAUUGAAGAAAAAGAAGAUUCGGUGGAUACCCCAUCAGAAAAAAAGAUGAAUGGUGGUAUAGAACUCCCUCUUGGGUUAGAUGGAUUACCUAUUCCUCUAUGGCUUUAUAAAUUACAAGGGUUGGAUGUUACUUACUCGUGUGAAAUUUGUGGUAAUCAAACUUACAGAGGUCGUCGCAUGUUUGAAAGACACUUUACUGAACCAACACACUUAUUCCAUCUAAAAUGUUUGGGUAUUGAAGCUUCAGAUGCAUUUAGAUCUAUUACAAGUAUUGAGGAAGCCCAGAAUUUGUGGAAACGUAUAUCUGGCAACAAUACUACGAGUUCUCGUGAUAUUGAGGUAGAGGAUGAAGAAGGGAAUGUUAUGACACAGCAAGUUUACGAAGAGUUGAAGAAACAAGGUCUAGUAUAG